UGCGGUGCGUCUUCUCCCUCCUCGCUCUUUGGCAGCAGUACAAUAAACAUUAAAACAGCUUUCUCUCUCCUCUCUCCCAUUACUCCGAUCUGACUCUCUCUCUCACUACUCAACCUCCCAUUGGCCGAGCCUGUUUGAUUAUCGGAAACCCUAAUUCCUCAAACUCGGAAGCAUUAGCAAAGUCGAAUCUCACAAACAGUUGCGGGGAUGGUGAGAAGAUGCUGCUAAAACAGUCAGUGAUUAAAAAAAUGAUGAUGACGAAGAACGGACGAAACGACGUCGUAGACGAAGAAGAAGAUAACGACGAUUGUUUCUACGAGUCACUGGAUCGCGUCCUCUCUUCCUGCUCUUGCUCAACUUCCAACUCAGACUACGACUCCGACAACCCCAACCCCAACCCCAACAUCCCCGAUCCGAUCCACGAUCCGACUCCGUUUCCCCUCCCAUCCGGCUUCGAGCUGUGGAAAACGGAGCCCGAGUCCGUCACCGAGAGACGAACCAGGCUCUUACGCGGUUUGGGACUCAGCGACGAGCCGGAUCUCCCUCCCGCGACGAGCCACCGUAGAAAAGCCAUCUGCAGCUCUCAUCUCGCCAGAUCAGACGUCUCGAUCUCGAAGCGUAACGGCCGAUUCGACAAUGUCGAUUCUGGUAAGCUUCGAGGAUCUGUAGAUAAGCUCCGUACGCGUAACAAAGAGACGAUAGAGACUGUAGAGAAACAGAAUGGGAGGAGAGAUGUGGUUCUAGAGGAGCAAAUGUGCACGAUUAGGAAUCUAGAUACUGGGAAAGAGUUCGUGGUGAAUGAAGUGAGAGAAGACGGGAUGUUGGAGAAGUUGAAGGAGGUAGGCACCGAUCGUCAGUUGACUCUGGAGGAGUUUGAGAUGUGUGUUGGGACAUCACCGAUUGUUCUCGAGCUGAUGAGGAGGCAGAAUGUUGAAGAUGAUGUUAGUAAAGACUCUGUGGAUUUGAGUGUAAGUGUGAGUGGGAGUAGAGUAACUAAGCAUAGACGGAGAGGGAGUUGGCUAAAGAGUAUAAAGAACGUUGCUAGUAGUGUGGCAGGAGGGUACAAAGAGAGACGAAGUACUGAUGAUAGAGAUUCACUGUCAGAGAGAGGAGGAGGAGGAGGUCAGAGGUUUAGCUCUGCAACUGAUGAUAGCAGAGACAUGUUGUUUCAUGACCCUGAGAGAGUUAAGGUUAGGCAGUACGGGAAGUCGUGUAAAGAACUCACAGCGCUUUUCAAGAGCCAAGAGAUUCAGGCUCAUAAAGGGUCGAUUUGGAGCAUUAAGUUCAGUUUGGAUGGGAGGUAUCUCGCUACUGCUGGUGAGGAUUGUGUUAUUCAGAUUUGGAAAGUUGUUGAAUCGGAAAGAAAAGGGGAACUCUUGUCGAUGGAUAAACAGCAAGACGAUGGGAGCGUAAAUUUGUUCCUUUUGGCAAAUGGAUCUCCAGAGCCAGCUUCAAUGUCUCCCAUGAGAAGAGGGAGGACAUCUUUCAGCAGAAAAUCAGUGAGCUUGGACAAUGUUCUGGUUCCAGAAACAGUCUUUGGUCUUUCAGAGAAACCUGUGUGUUCCUUUGUUGGGCAUUUGGAUGAUGUACUUGAUCUUUCGUGGUCAAAUUCUCAGCACCUGCUUUCCUCUUCUAUGGACAAGACUGUUCGUCUAUGGGAUUUAUCUAGCAAGUCAUGUUUGAAAGUCUUCUCGCAUAGUGACUACGUGACUUGCAUCCAGUUUAAUCCCGUGGAUGACAAUUACUUCAUCAGUGGAUCCUUAGACGCAAAAGUUCGUAUAUGGAGCAUUCCUGAUCAUCAAGUUGUUGACUGGAAUGAUCUUCAUGAGAUGGUCACAGCUGCCUGCUAUACACCGGAUGGUCAGGGUGCAUUGGUUGGUUCAUACAAGGGGACUUGUUGCUUAUACAAUACACAUGAUAACAAAUUGCAGCAGAGAAAGGAAAUCAAUCUGAAGAACAGGAAAAAGAAAUCCAAUCACAAGAAAAUCACUGGUUUUCAGUUUGUGGCGGGAAGUUCAUCGGAAGUACUUGUCACAUCUGCAGAUUCACGGACUCGUGUUGUUGACGGUGUUGACCUUGUUCACAAGUUUAAAGGAUUUCGCAACACAAACAGCCAAAUCUCGGCCUCACUUACACCAAACGGGAAGUUUCUAGUCUCAGCAAGCGAAGACUCCAAUGUAUAUGUAUGGAACUACGACUCAGACUCUCGUGCUGGAAGAAGCAAACGUGUCACAGUCACAAACUCAUACGAACACUUUUACUGUCGAGACGUCUCUGUAGCCGUACCUUGGCCUGGAAAAAUCAGUAACAGCAACAGCCCUGACGAGUCUCCCAUGACAGCCAAUAACCCUCCAACACCUGUCAACGAUCCAAUCAACAACAAAACCGUCACCAACGGUAUCAUUUCGAGCGCCACAAACCGAUACUUCUUCGAUAGGAUCUCGGCGACAUGGCCCGAGGAGAAACUUUUGCUGGCUGCAAAGAACCGGGCAAGAACUAGCCCUCGCGUGAGCGUGGACAUGUCUAAUGGACCGGUUAGCAGAAAACCGAGUGCUUCGGCUUGGUCUAUGGUGAUUGUGACUGGCGGUUUACGAGGCGAGAUCAGAACAUUUCAGAAUUUUGGAUUACCGGUUCGUCUAUGAAGCCACGGAGAGAGUUUUACAAAUCAGCAAGCCCAAGGCAAAAGUGAAAAAAAAAUUACUUAGUAAAAACACCUUCUCGAGUCAAUAGUGUAUAGAUUGAGAGAAGGUUGGUUCUUCCAAUAACUCUCUUUUCUCACCAUCUUUAAUUAUUUUUUUUUACAUUUGUUAUCUUUAAAAUUCAGAUCUCUAGCAAAUAUAUAUAAUUAUUUUGAAAGAAAAUUCAUAUACCAUAGUAUUGGAGUUGUAUAUGAAUCAGGAAUAGAACUGAGUAUAUGGCAAUUCACACUUUGUA